CCUGACUGACAACACGGCUGGACUCUGGAGGCUGCAGGAGCUUGACACGGGACUUUAAUGACACUUUUUCGCACUGAGCUGAAGAAAUGUCCUUCUCGUGACAGUUUAAUCUCCAAAACUUUGCUCCGGUUUUGCCGUGAUACCUGUGCAUCUGCAUCGAUCUGAAACUUUCCAUUCUUCUCCUGGGGAUUUCUCAACUUUCCUCCUGCAGAGCUGCAGCCAUGCAGCAGGAGCUCCUGUUCAAAGUGCUGGUGAUCGGGGAUCUGGGAGUGGGAAAAACGUCCAUCAUCAAGCGGUACGUGCAUCAGAUCUUCUCCCAGCACUACCGAGCCACCAUCGGGGUGGACUUCGCCCUGAAGGUGCUGCAGUGGGACAACGACACUGUGAUCCGGCUGCAGCUCUGGGACAUAGCAGGACAGGAGCGCUAUGGGAACAUGACUCGUGUCUACUACCGGGAGGCGGUGGGGGCCCUGGUGGUGUUUGACGUGACGAGGGUGUCAACGUUUGACGCCGUGCUCAAGUGGAAAGACGACCUGGACUCAAAGGUGACCCUGAACCACGGGAAGCCAGUUCCAACUGUGCUCUUGGCCAACAAGUCAGAUCAACUUUCUUCCCAGCAGCCCAAACUCGACUCCUUCUGCAGAGAAAAUGGCUUCGUUGGCUGGUUUGAGACCUCUGCAAAGGAAAACACAAACAUCGAGGAGGCGGCUCGCUGCUUGGUGGAGCACAUCCUGACCAAUGAGGAGAACCCGGGAAUCGAGCGGGACCCCGGCUCCCUCGUCCUGUCUGGAUACACAAACCCCGCAAAGGAUCAUUUCAGCUGCUCGUCAUGUGUGAAGUGGUGACUUCUGGUGAGGCAGGAAGUGAGCAGCGGUGAGGAAAAGUUUGGCUCAGGGACUGUUAGUAAAAAAAAAAAAAAAAAAAUCCUCCUAAUCUCAGCUCAUAGUGAUUAAUGAAGAAAAAUGUAAAACAUGUUGAGCUCUGCAGCGUGUUUGUGAAGGAGGUCAACAUAUCUGGUGCACAAAAGAAUGAAUUUUUAAACAGAUCCUUCAAAAGUCUUAACUUUUUUUGAAAAAACUGAAAAUAUUUCAUAUAGUUUUAAAUUGCAGAAAUGUCUCUAGACAUUAAAUGUGACUCGUAUCACACUGAUGUCA